AUGUUGAUAAGACCCACCGGAUCCACCACUGCUGAUUCCACAUGCAUAUGUAACAGAUCGCCUUGUAGUGAAACAAACACCGUCAACAACUACUCCCCAAGCAAACCUAUGAGUAAACUGUUCGGCAAUCUUAUGGAUCCAAAUGUCAGAGUCCAAGUCACCCUCAAAUUCUACCAUCACCAUGCAGAAGUAGGUGACCAGCUAGACAUUCUUGUCAGACACGUUCAAGCCGCAUACCCUGACACUACACUUCUGGUGGCCGAACUUGAACCAUCUGAAAAGACAGCUUAG